GGGACGAUGGGAGCCCAGGGCAGCGGGGGCGGUGGCAGGGCCCAUAGUGGCGGCGGUGGCUGCCCGGGUGGCAGCGGGGGCAGGCGGCUGGAGACACUGUCUGCGUAGCGCUGGGUCGAGCGCAGAGCCAUGGGCCGGGCUGGAACCGGGACCGGAGGCGCGGCGGUGGCAGUGGCAGUGGCGGGGCUGCUGUUGCUACUGAUGCUCGCUCGGCCCCCUCCUGCCGCCUCCAGCGACACCAGGAAGAGUGACAUCAGGCUGGUGUCUGAGCAGUUCUCGCAGUCCCCGCAGAAGCUGUCUUUCUACAGCUGGUAUGGCAGCGCCAGACUCUUCCACUUCCGAGUGCCCCCGGAUACUGUACUGCUGCGCUGGCUGCUGCAAGUGUCCCAGAGUGGCGGCCCCACAUGUGCAAACCUGGAGAUCACUGUGUACUUCCGCUAUGGCGCCCCUCCAGUCAUCAACCCACUGGGCACCAGCUUCCCUGCCAACACCUCUGUGCAGCCCUCCUUCCUCGUCAAGAUGUUGCAGAGCAACACUUCCAUCAACGUCUCCCACCCAGCACCUGGGGACUGGUUUGUGGCUGCCCACCUGCCCCCCUCAUCCCAGAAGAUUGAGGUGAAGGGCUUUGUUCCCACUUGUGCCUACAUCUUCCAGCCUGACAUGCUGGUCAUGCGGGUAGUCGAGGUCUCUAUCCUGGAGCCUGACAUACCCUUUCCACAGACCCUCCUCUCCCACCCCAGCUACCUCAAAAUCUUCGUCCCUGAAAAUACCCAGGAACUGCGGCUGGAGCUGCAGGGCUGUGCAUCCAAUGGGAGCCUAGGCUGCCCUGUUCGCCUCACUGUGGGCCCAACUACCUUGCCCAGCAACUUUCAGAAGGUUCUGACCUGCACUGGCUCUACCCAGGCCUGCCACCUGCUGUUGCCCUCACCACCCUGGGACCGGUGGUUGCAAGUGACAGCCAAGAGCCUGGCAGGGCCCCAUGUAUCAGUGGCUUUCAGUGCUGUAGCUGUUCUCACAGCCUGUAGGCCUUGGAUUGUGAACUUCCAGCAUCUUCUGCAGAGCAGUCCAAACCAGAGCUGUAACACUUCCACGGGUCUACUGCCCCCAAGCCCUGGCUACCAGGACCUGGGCAGGAACAGCAGUGUGGGUGGUGGUCCCUUCUGCCUCAUGAACUACCAGGUCAUGCGGGAAGACAUGGAUGUGGUGUCUGUGCACUUCAGUCCCCUAGACAGGGUCUCCGUGCUGGUGCAGUCAGAUAUGCCUUCGGUGAUGCGGCUGCAACUCAACACAGGCAUGGACAGUGGGGGCUCCCUCACCAUCUCCCUGUGGGCCAACAAGAGUGUCAUUUCCAACAACACCUUGGUAAUGGUCUGCGUGAAUGCUGCCUCGCCCUUUCUCAGCUUCAACACUUCGCUCAACUGCACCACAGCCUUCUUCCAGGGUUAUCCACUGUCUUUGAGCACCUUGUCUCGCAAGGCCAACCUUAUCAUCCCCUACCCAGAGACAGACAACUGGUACCUCUCCCUGCUGCUUGCAUGCCCUCAGAGCCCUGAGGAGUGUGAGAAGGCCUCGGUCCUUGUGGAGACCUCCUUGUACCUGGUACCCUGCUUGAAUGACUGCGGACCGUAUGGCCAGUGUCUCCUACUGCGCAGACAUGGCUACCUGUAUGCGGGCUGCAGCUGCAAGGCAGGCUGGCGUGGGUGGAGCUGCACAGACAACAGCACGGCCCAGACCUUGGCCCAGCAGAGGGUGGCCGCGCUUCUCCUCACCCUCAGCAACCUCGUGUUCCUGGCUCCCAUCACCCUUUCUGUGUACCGCUGCCUCCUAGUGGAGGCCUCCGUCUAUGCCUACACCAUGUUCUUCUCCACGUUCUAUCAUGCUUGCGACCAGCCGGGGGAGGCAGUGCUGUGCAUCCUCAACUACGACACUCUGCAAUACUGCGACUUCCUGGGCUCUGGAGUGUCCAUCUGGGUCACCAUCCUCUGCAUGGCACGGCUGAAGGCGGCCCUGAAAUAUGUUCUACUUCUACUGGGCACGCUGGUAUUCGCCAUGUCUUUGCAGCUGGACCGCAGAGGUGCCUGGAACAUGAUGGGGCCUUGUCUCUUUGCCUUUGUGGUCAUGGUCACUAUGUGGGUGUACCGCUGUGGGCACCGGCGCCACUGCUAUCCCACCUCGUGGCAGCGCUGGGUCUUCUACCUCCUGCCUGGCAUCUCCAUGGUCGCUGUGGCCAUUGCCAUCUACACCUCCAUGAUGACCAGUGACAACUACUACUACACCCACAGCAUCUGGCACAUGCUUCUGGCAGGGAGCACGGCAUUCCUGCUGCCACCACGUGACAAGCACACUGAGCCCUGGGCCUGCUCACAGAAGCUCACCUGCCACUAUCAGAUCUGCAAGAACCACAGAGAGGAGCUGUACACAGUGACUUGAUGCAGCCAACUCAGGGAUACCCACAGCUCUGAUGAUGAUCUCUCCAGCCAGGGGCAGGACCAAGGGAGAGGGACUCUGUCCAGAUGGAUUUCCAACUGAAUAAAAUUGCCUUGUGCACCCACUUGCUUUCUCCUCCUGAGGAGAGGACAACAACCUCCAAUUCCCUUGUACCUGCUAGCUGCCAGCUGACCCCAUCCCUCUGCAGGUCCCAGCUGGUGUCUGCAGUGUCCCCUGGGGCCACAACCUGGCUGCCUGGAGACCACAGUUACUGUUCAGGGGAGACUCUUCUGCUGGCCUGGGGACAAUUGGAGAUGUGGAGAAAUAUUCGCCCAUCACCCUGUUCCCUUGUGAGGCUGUGUUAUGAGACCCAGCAGGGCAGAGGAGGCUUGGGACCACCUCUCCCCAGCCCCCUAACACCACUGAGGCAGAGAGCUGUGUGCCUGAAUGCUAGUCUACCUCGGGCAUGGGACUGCCCUCUACUGAUGAAGUUGCUGUGAGGAGAGGUGACCAUGGCUACCAGAGAGCUGAUGGGCCCUGGGAGGCGUAGGGUCCAACUGCCAUGAGUGGUGGCGUGGGAGAAGCUGGCUUCUGUCUGUGGUACCCUGCCCUUUCCCUCUCUCUUGUUCUCAGGUUUGAAGGUGCAGUUCCCUGAAAAGAACAUCCUGGAGAGGGGGCUGCUGAGCUAUUCUGUGGGUGCCAGCAACACAAGGCACACCUUG